UAAGCAGUGCAGCAAUAAUAACAUGUGGGAGCCCACACGCAAACCCUUUUCUCUCUCGUGGACUGCACCGCACCAGAUUCAUCUCAUGCAAUCCAUUCUAUACAAAACCAUAAGGGACUCCCCCCUUCCCUCGUAGCAUUUCAAUUUCAAUCGUCUUUCGGUUCUUUGAAGAAGGACCCUUCUCUUUGCGCGUGUCCCGUUCUCUUCUCCAAUCCUCCACCGUCACGAAAACCACUGUGUAAUCUAAUCUGAAUACAGUGUAUCCAUAUACUCAUCUGAAUACAGUGUAUUCAUAUACUCAUUAGUAGUACUAUGGAGGUUAAGCUAUGGAAUGACAAGCGGGAGAGAGAAAUGUAUGACAACUUUGCUGAGCUCUACGCUAUUAUAAAGGCCACUGAGAGACUUGAGAAAGCUUAUGUUAGAGACAUAAUCUCACCUCAGGAAUAUGAGCUAGAGUGCCAGAAGCUAAUAGCUCAUUUCAAAACCUUAGCUUCCACCCUCAAAGACACUGUGCCUAGCAUUGAGCGUUUUGCAGACACUUACAAGAUGGAGUGCCCAUCAGCAAUUAAUCGCCUUGUGAUUUCUGGCGUGCCUGCUACCGUGGAGCACCGGGCGGCUGCUGCGGCCUCUUCAUCCACAUCAGCUGCCAUUGUGGCUGAGUGUGUGCAGAAUUUCAUUACAGCAAUGGAUUCCUUGAAACUUAACAUGGUGGCUGUGGAUCAGGUGCACCCUUUGCUCUCUGACCUUAAUGCUUCACUCAAUAAGUUGACAAUUCUGCCACCUGAUUUUGAGGGGAAAACAAAAAUGAAGGAAUGGAUUGCAAGGUUAGCUAAGAUGGGUGCAGCUGAUGAGUUGACAGAACAACAGGCUCGGCAGCUUCACUUUGAUCUUGAGUCUUCUUACAAUUCCUUUAUGGCAGCUCUGCCUAAUGCUGGUACAUGAUUGAGUGGUGGUGUUUGUAAAUUGAAUCCGAAUUUCCAUUUUUCCCACCUUUGGUUACUGAUCUUGUUGAUUGGAAAGGAAUUUUCUAUUUGGUGACAGCUUAUGCAUUUUUAAGGCUGGAUCCUGGAUAUUUACAUAUUAUGGCUUUGUGCUGAUCAGUAAAGCUUUAUUUUAUAUUGUUUUGUUUGAGCUUCUCUGUACUAGCAAGGGUGAAAAUCUUACAGAAACGUGAGUUUUUACAGUGGUUUGUCUUUGUCUCUCUUUUAUAUUACUUGAUGUAGUUCAAAGAUUCAAGAAAAAUGUGGGGUUGUUUGUACCUGAUAUAAGUAAUAUAU